AUGACUGAACUAAUAAUCCCUAACAAAUCAACGACUAAAUAUUAUUGCACCGAAAUCGCAAACAAACUCCAUCGAUAUAUGUGUGAUCAUUCACUACGUCUGUCAGAAGCACAAAGAUGGUUAAUACAAAAGACUGUUGAACAUCCAUUAUCAGAAAUGCUUAUUUGCAGUUUAGAGAUGCAAUUGCUGUGUAAUUUGUGUUAUGGAAUAAAUGCUAGAAAGACACUUGACAUUGGAGUUUUUACUGGAUAUAGUGCAUUGUCUAUCGCUGAAGUAUUACCAUCAGAUGGAUGUGUACUAGCUUUAGAUAUAACGGAUAAAUAUUUGAAAGAUUAUUGUAUACCAGCAUGGAAAAUGGCUGGUGUAGAAUCGAAAAUUGAUUUUCGACUCGGUCCAGCUAUUCGAACAUUAGAAAAAUUGAUUGAUAAUGGGCAAAGUGAAACAUUCGAUCUUGCUCUUAUUGAUGCUGAUAAAGAGAAUUAUAGUAAUUAUUAUGAAUUAUGUCUGAAAUUGAUUCGUCCUCGUGGUAUCAUUGCAAUUGAUAAUGUUUUACGGCGGCUACUUGUGAUUGAUGAGAAUGAUCAUAGUGCUGAAACUGUUGGUAUACGAGAGAUGAAUGAUUUGAUUGCUAAAGAUAACCGUGUUCGACUUUCGUUUCUAAACUUUGGAGAUGGAUUAACAAUUGUUGUGAAGAAAUGA